AUGUAUUGGGGAGGGGGGACGCUUCCAUGCGAGUCAAGCCCCCUCGAGCGCGGAACGCUGCGCACGCCUACGGCCACGACACGCAGGCAGUUGAGGAAGCGACCUCUGAAAACUUGGCAAUGGCGCCUUGCAGCCAGUGGCCUGCGGGUUGCGUCCCAGCGAGUGGCGGGCCGCGUGUUUGAGACGCCUGAUCUAGGUUAUGGAGCCACAUUGUUGGAGGAGACCAGCUACCCAUUGAAAGUCACCGAGGAUAUAUGGUUUGCAUGCUGUUCCUGCACCCAUGUCACCAAAGAUCAGCGUGGAAUUGUGAGCCACCUGGCUGCCCAUGGUGAUAAACAAUCCAAGUGCCAGCAUCCUCCCAUGUCUGGCUCUAAAACCCAAGUGCUUGGAAACACUCAAAAGCAAAACAGCGAAAAGCCAUUUAAGUGCAAGCUUUGCCCCCAAAAGUUUGCUUAUAAUUCCAUUCUUACCUUUCAUAAUCAAACACAUACUGGUGUCAAGCCAUUUAGGUGCAAGCUGUGUCCCCAAGCCUUCGCUCGCAAUUCCUAUCUGCAAAGCCAUAAUAAUGUGCACACUGGUGAAAAGCCAUUUAAAUGCAAGCAGUGCCCCAAAGCCUUUGCUCAAUAUUCCAGUCUGAGAAAGCAUUUUCGAGCACACACUGGUGAAAAGCCAUUCACAUGCAAGUACUGUCUUAAAGCCCUCACCCAAUUUUCCAGUCUACAAAGGCAUAAUCAAACACACGCAGGUGAAAAGCCAUUUAAGUGGAGGCACUGUCCCAAAGCCUUUGCUCAAAAUUCCUAUCAGAAAGAUCAUAAUCGAACACACACUGGCGAAAAGCCAUUUAUGUGCAAGCACUGUCCCAAGGCCUUUGCUCGAAAUUCCUCUCUUAAAAAUCAUAUUGGAACACAUACUGAUGAUAAUUUUCAAUUGGUUUACGAAAUCGAGAAACGAAAACGUAUAAUUAAGAACAAAAUUAACAACAAUAUUACAAAAGCUGCUAAAAGAAAAGCGUGGCAGGAGAUCGCAUCCGUGGCGAAUUCGCGGCAUCCAUCGACGCUGCGCACUGUGCCGCAACUCAAAAAGCAGUGGCAAAACCUCAAAUCUCGCAGCCGCGCUGAACUGACCCUCUCGAAGAGAGCAGACUCCACGACCGGCGCAGGGCGCAACGACCACACACUGACACCGCUGGCUGAGGCUGUGCUGGCGGUCAUUGGUUCCACAAGCCCCAACCUUCUGGGCAUUGAAGGAGGCAUAGACACCGACGAGUGA